GAAAAUUCUGGAAGCAAAUUUUGGAUGCUUAAUUCUUUUUACCAAAAGUUGCUAUUAUUUAUUAAUGAACCAAGACAGGGUGUUCAAUCAUAUGAAAAGAUAGAAGGAGACCAAGGUCACAUUAUCCUGUACCUAUUAUACAUUUGUACAGAAAUUCUUCCAGCACUGAUUGCCAAAUAACGAUCAUUACAAUUGAGCAUCCCUGGCUGAUUUUUCUUCAUUUCUUUAAACUGAAGAAUAACUGUAGUUGAGAGCAGCUAAUUCAUCACACAAAUAACUGACCUAAAGGAACUCUGUAGACCUUAUAACUCUGCUAUACUUACUGAGAGAGAUUAAUAACUAUACCCUCAAUUUAGACAAUCUUUCCUCUAACAAAUAUUAUAAAAUGAACAGAUUAUAUAUAAAGUUAAAUGUAAUACUUGUACUUAAUACACUUUUAUAUUAUUCAGGAGAACUGUCUUUUCAGGUUUAAUCUUAAAAAGGAAAUUCCAAAACCAUUGUUAUUAUGUUGCAUAACUACAGCUGAUAAUUAAGUAGGCCGCAUAAUAAAAGUUAUUUUACCUGGCUAGCAAUCCAGGAAUUGUAAGUUCAAAUUCUAAAACAACAGAUUGACAAUUUACAUUCAGAAAUUAAAAAGUUAGCAUGAAGUGUCAUAUUGUUACAAAAGUCCAACUGGAUUAGUAAUGUUCUUCAGAGAUGAAAGCCUGCCACGCUUAUAUAUAGUCAUGUACUUAUGUGACUCCUGUCCCUCAAUAACAUUGUUGGUUCUUAAAGCUGUUGCUUCAAAUCACAAGAAAGGAUAAUAAACGUUCUCACAAUCUAGAUAUCAAACUGAGACACAAAGAAAACGCCUGGAAAAUUUUCCAAAUUAACAAUUAGGGCAGGGGAUCCCAAACUUUUUUAUGCCAAGGACCAAUACCAUUAAGCAGGGGGUCCAUGAACCCAAGGUUGGGAACCUCUGAUUUAGGGUUAGUUAUGCUGUAGAGUCAACAAAGUGCAGACAGUAUAAUUUUCAGAAAUUUUAAUCUAUGCCUCAGGACACUUCUUCAUCUUUCUAAAUCUGCAGAGUUUCAUUAUCACUUAGGAGUGCUUUAGUAAUGAGUCAACUGUGCUUCUAACACCACUAAUAACAUCGGAUGUACUAAAUCUAGGGCAGGCCAAGCACUAUGAAUUACACACACUGUAUAACUGUAAACAUCUUAAACAUUAACACAGACUGUUUUAAAGUGAAAAUGCUGACAACUGUAGAGGAGGGAUAGCACAACAGAAUCCUCCUAACAGGGAUUGUUCUAUGGCAAGCAAAAUUCCAAACUAGCACAGCAUAAAUCACUGUUGAAGUUUCGAAUAUACUCUGGAAUUGUCACUAACUUCCUGUUAUUUUGCAGAUAUGAUCAUCUCAGAAAAUGAAACCACUGUAGCCCAUGGCUGCAGGGAAUGUUGCACGGAUUCCUGGGUGGACAAGAACUGUCAUGAAAUUAUGAGCAUGAAGUCCUAUGUUAUGUACUGCUCAAAUUUUGGGAGCAAUGUAGAGAUAUUGUCCAGUCAAGGCACUAAAAUAAGUUGUAUCACCUCUAACAUAAUUUUUUAUUGUUUCAUUUGCAGUUUUAAUGGAACCAGCAGGAUGAGGGGGAGCUGAAAAUGGCCACUGUCCCUCUUUACUCCAUUUGAGUCAAGAGAGAAGGAAUUGUAACUUGAAUGCCAUGAAUCUGGGCAGAUCAUCUGGGUAAACUUUGGCCUGCAGUUUCCAUAGCUCUGACUUGCUGACUGAAUCAACAAAGCCACAGGAAAGACAAUGAUUUCUUCGCAGCACUUUUUAUCAACCCAUCUGGGAGUUAAGACAACAAUGGUAUCCCCAUCAAGUUUGAAUCCACUUUCAGUAUCAGACAAGAAUUUUUCAGCUUCAUGCUUAGGUAACCCUGGCAAUGAUUUUCCUGGUAUUAACAGUUGAGUGGAACUGCAGAUGGAGCAGGCUGACAGUGUUAUUGUAAUAAGUGACACCGAAGGAGACAAUGAUGGCGAAAGUUCAGUGUUCAUAAUAGAAAAUUCUCCAGAAGUUUUGGAUACAGCUAAAGAUAAAAGCAGCGAAAUAAUUGAUGAAGAAUGUGGGCUUGCCAUUACUUACAGCAAAAAGGGCAAUGUUAUGCCGCAUGCACGAUAUGACUGCGUGGAACAAGAUUUUACGCGAACAGAAAAUGAGGUAUCAGGGCCUGCUGGCAACAAUUUAAAUUUCUGUGAACAGUGCUAUUGUUACAUCUGUGAUAAACUUGCUUCUGAGUGCCAAUACUGGAACGUUCCUUCAGCUUGUCAUUGCAAUGCUCACAAUAAGAGUAAAUACUGGAAAGCCCAUCGAGAUGUUGCACUAACAGGUGCACUCUCAAUAUUCAAUUUUAAUCUGGUUGACAUUGACUCAGAGCUUCGACAUGGAGGUGCUUUAUUGCAAAAGUUUUGUUUAGAACUUGCUUUGGAAUAUAAUAAAUAUUUGAUGGGAAUAACAACCUCGAGGAGUUCCUUGAUUCCGUGCAUUUGUACUUGUCACAGUCAAUUGAAAAUGUUUUGUGAAGUAUGCCAGGUGAACCACGUGGAAAUCCGACUCUACAGUUAUACACCGGUGUUUAAUAUGGUGCUCAACUUUCUGAAGCAGGCAGAGAAGGAGAAGCCAAAAGCAGCUGCCAUUAUGAUGAUCGGUGUGGCAAAAGAAAUUCUUCUUCAUAAACAACAUCCACAGGAAGUUUUCAAUAAAAGUGAUCAAACCGCGACUCCUAGCCAGGCUGUACCAAUAUUUAUGCACAGAAUCACCAGUGAGCUGCAGAGAAUGCUUGUAUUGAGUGAUUUCCCUCCUUAUUUAUUUAACAAGUUGAAAACCUUCUAUAAAGCGCUUCCACUUCCUUCUUAUUGCUAUAUCUUUACUAAUUGUCUCAAUGUGCUGUCAUGGGAGGAUCCAUUCCUGACUUCUAUUCUCAGAGGUCAAAAUAUCACUGGGCAACGACAAAAGAAAGGGAAAAAAGAAACAUUAUGGGAAGACUUCCCCGUUGUGCUUGCGCGCGUGGAAAGGAUGGAAGCAAGAGAAGAGUACAGAGAGUUGGUCCGAUACCUACGAGUGAUAAAAUGCAAUGAUACCAUAAAGCUGCGAGCUCUACAAGAUAAAGUUCCAUUCUACUUUUGCAAGUAUGGAGAUUUUAAUUCAGCUGCACAAUCAUUUCAUCUAAAUACCAGUCUUUCAUGCUGCAUAGCCUGCCGUUUAACACCUUUCCAGUACAAGAUAUACUUAAAAAUUCUCAGGACUGGAACUGUUCCUGCUGGUUGUGAACUUUCAGAAGAACGACAAUGGGUACUUGUUGAAGGUGGUAAUUUGAUAAAGACUUGUUUACUGCUAAAAUGUUCACUCAGGAUAUUAUUUGUCAAUGAAGUUCUCUACAGAGAUGUUUAUUGCUGGAGCAGACUGAUUCAAAUUCACUGCAAUGAUUUUACAAUGAAAAAUGACAUGCCACAAGUGCCACCACCUGAAUUUGUGAAAAACAUUGCUGUUCUUGCUGCAUCAGUUCUUGAAGAUCUGAAAAAUGGAAUAGUGGGCUUGCCUAAACCAUUUUCCUCAGCGCUUUGUUGGGAAUCUGCAUUGAUUCUGGUAACAGUGGCUGCUGUGCAGAUGUUGCAUAAGAAUAUCUCUAUGAUGAAAAUUGUUCUGCCAUUAAUUGUGGCUUAUGGGAAGAAUUUCUGGGCUCUGAAGCUCUUGUUCGACAGCCUAAGCACGAAAGAGGACAUUUUGCAUCAUUUCUGUGCCAUUCUGAGCAACAAUAUUUAUGUACAUAGAAGCAUGAUGAUUGAUGUGGUUAAGUGUCAUGAUGCCAACUAUGUCUCUGACCUUGUGACCCUCUUUCUGUCCUUUAAACAAACUACUAUCCAAUCUCUGAGCAUUCCUGUGCUUAAUGUUCUUGUGGAGGCAUGGCAUGAAUUCAAAACAAUGGAAUGUCUAUGGAUACAAUCUCUCCACAGUUUUCUACAGAAUAAGGUUGUUCCAGCCAUGGAAAUGGUGAAUACUGCACAAUUUAUUGAAUUACGGAAUAAACUAAACAGGAUACUUUGAAUAAAAGUAUGUCCUGGAAACUAUUCAAGUAAUGAACGAUGGGUUACCAUGGAAAUGCACCUUUUUAUACUAUAAAUGAAAAUUCCUCCAACAAUAUUACAUAUUGUGAUGACUUUUUCAGUUAAUCUGCAUCAUCAUAUAACCAUGGAAACAUGGCAUAAAUAGAAAACCCACAAUUUUUACAAAUGAGCCACUUUUGAUAUUUUUCAUGUUCAUACCAUAGUAAUGAUAAUAGUGUUUUAUUAAAAAACUGUUUAAGAUUUUGGCAUCAAGGGUUUCUAUAAGCAAAGCUAAUUUAUCCCUAUUUUGUUUAGUUGCCAUGUUUACAUUGUGCUCCAGAAGUCAGUAGUAUUUGGCAGGAGGUGGUGGGGAAUAAAUGAGGUGUAAUUUAUUAAGAUGAUGGUGUAGGGAGAGGAAGUAGGAUUCAGAGACUGUCUUAUAAGUAUAUUUAUUUUUCAUUUUUGAUUUUUAGAGAAAAGACCAUAGAAAGAACAGUGCGAGUGUAAGUUUGUAUCUCAAACUAAGGGAAGACUAAAUCUGCCAUCCUUAAAAUAGAAAUUAACAUUGUAGUUUAACAAAGACUACCUUUCUAUUUUUGCUUAUUUUUGUAAUUUUUGUUGCUUAUUCUUGUGAGGGAUAGUUGCACAGAAAUGCAGCUGUCCUUGUUCAACUCUCCAUCACAAAUGAGACUUUUUUUUAAAGUUUUAAACUCAAUCUCCAAGUAAUAAUUUAAUACAUCAGACUCAAAAUGCAGGUAAUUUACCAAAAGGGCCAUUAAUGCCAGAUGGAAUCCUAAUUGUCCCAAUUAAAAAGAAUUAAAUUUUGCUGUUUUAUACAGACCUGUGCUUGGAGGACUGUCUCCAAAUGCAUUUCUGACACUGUAGAAAACAAAAUAUUUAUUAAGUGACAAAGUAAAUCAAACUUGGGUAAAAUUUAAUGGAUAUUCUUAAUUAUUGAUGUUGGGCUAUGCCCAGCUCUUUAUCUGAUCUAAAAGAUGUCCUUGAGCACAGAAUCUGAUCCCAACUCUUUAAGUACAGUACAGAGAGUAUCCCCUUAUUGGAGAUAUUUAAUAAUGGCCACUGUCUGCUCUAGAGUAAGCAUCAGAUUAAUGUCAUGAGAUCUUUUAUGGAGAAUAAUGGGGGUUAUUAGUGACCUGUCAUGUUAUAUCCCUUAAACAGUAUCACCAAAACACAUUAUCUGCUUAUUAACUCAUUGAUGUUUGUGUGAACUUGCUGUCCUUGAUUGCCAUACAGUCUUCAUUACAACAAAAGUUAUAGAACAAAACAUUACUAAUUGUAAAAUUAUUUUGGCACAUCAUAAUUGGUGUGAAAGUCCUGUAUAAAUCCUAGCCUUAUUUAUUCAACAUCUUUUGUUUCAUUGUGUUUGACAUUUUGUUGUGUGGAAAUAACAAAUUAUUGUGGUAUAUUUGUUAUUUCUUUAGAUGAAAGUAAAUAGUCGUUAAGUAAAUUUGUACUUGCUGGAAUUAUAAUACAGAAUUCUCUAGUAAUUAAAAUAUUUUUAUGUUGCCUUUCUGAAUGAAAAUAUUUAACUCAAAUCAAAUUCAAGUUUAAUUAUUCAAUCAUUCAGCCGAACAAUACAGUGUUUCUCUGGGGCCAAAGUGCCAGUCAUAGAUACACAAAAAAAAACAUAUAUAGCCCAAGUACCUGAGGGACAUGUCCCACGGAUUGAUGGUGCAGUUCCCAGUGGUGCACUAACAUACGCACGAGAUCCAGCCUGUCAUUCCAGUGAUCGAGCACCUGGAGGGCAGCGCCGAUGGGAGAAGCCAGCCUCCAACCGAGUGUGGAUGCCACGCUGCACCACCUCCAGCAUCUCCCCUCCUGGACUGCAUCAACAGGCAAGUCUGUGGCUUGAGACCUUGUCCUCACUACAGCUGAGGCCACGCAGUUCCCCCACUGUCUGUCCCACCACCAACAAGGGAAACAGGCCUUGCAGCAUCUUAUUAUCAAUAUCCAACUGGGUCCUGCAAUCACAAGAGAAAUGUCCAAGACAAUCAGCCAUGGUUACACUGUACACGGGCUUCGUGCACCAACUUCGAUGCCAUCCUGUUGCAGGCAGUAACAUGAUCUGCACCCAGUCUAGCACCUCUGCCAACAAGCAGCUCACUGAUGGGGUAGAUCUGCAGUACCUGAAGUCUUUGGAGUCCAGUAUUAUCUUGUGAUCGUAACGAAAAGACAUUUAACAAAGAAAAAAACACCUUUGGUUGGCCCCUGAGAGGCUGCUGCAUCCAAACAUGCCACCGUCUUACUGGAAAUAAUGCCUCUUUUGUUGAAUAAUAAUUUUACUGCUAUAGCAACACCUUUAUGCUGUGGUUUGCUAAUAUGUUUCCAGCUUUCCAUCUAGUACUUCUUAACAAACCUAUUUCCAUUAAAGUAACUUGAUGUUCUACCAUCUGAAAACAAAGUACUGAGACUUCCAUGAAUCAUUUUAUGGAGGUUUAUGCAUAGUGCAAGUUUUUGAGUGCAUUUCAUUUGUAUAUUUGUUUCAGCUUGUGUUCGAUGUCAUUUCGUAAAUAAGGGAUUUUAUGUGAUGCAAAUUCUUUUAAAAAAGAGUAAAGUCUUUAAUCUCCAGGAAAAAUCUUUUUAAAGUCAUUUGAAUCUUGUAAAUUCUACUGCAUUUUUACAUAACCUGAAAAUUUUGUAGUUGCUGGCAGACAGGUCUGUGAAAUAUAUGAAGCAACCACUCUUGGGCUUAUACUUUUUUUUGACAUUACUAUAGCAAAAGCCCAAGCCUGCUUGGAAUGAAAAAAACUUGAUGUCAGAGUUAAAAUGUAUGCAACGAAUAUCAAUGUACUUAGUUCCAAUUUUUUUUAAAGGAAGUCUUGUAUAUUGUUCUAGAGGUUUGGAUCAUUCAUGUUUUUUUAAAAUCUGUAUUCCUUUAUAAUCACUUAAAUAAAUCUUUAAAUUCAGUUUAAAGCAUAUUCUGCUCAU